GUCCACUAAAAAAACAGACUUUCCAAAUCAUUUUUUUUCUGAAAAAAAGUAUAAAUUUUAGAAAGUCUGAUGAAAAGUCCGCUAAGGAUGCUCUAAAAGAUUUCAGUCUGUGAAAAUAAAAACGUAGCCACAUUUUUUAAAUAAAAUCAUUAGAUAAUGCAAGUAGAGUACGUGGCAUUCAUAUGUACUCUUAGUAUUCGAAUGCUUUUGGUGUAAAGGCUUUCGUAACAAUUCGAUGCGCUUUAUCCGAAAUGUGAGCAAAGGCUCUUGUUCCUUCUUUGAUCUAUAGCAGACACUGAAGAUUCAAUGCGCUUUGUCACCAUGUACUCUACUCUCCAUCUUGGCAUUAUUUUUCAACAAGGUAAGAAAGACACGCAUUACAUAUCAAUUCAGAUGCUAAUUACUGCUGAAACUCUAUACAGCUUUGCCAGUCAUUCUGAACGACAAAGCAUUCAAUGCUAUAGUAAAAUCCCAUUCUAAUCGUUUUGGAGUCAGAAAAUAAAUAUCAUUUUUAGGUCAAUUUGAUUUAACUUAUUGUGACAUUUCUCUUACUUCAAAGGGACAAAGUUUCUAGACAUAAAGGGACAAUGAUUUUUGGCUUGAUGCCAUCAGUUUUUUGGAAAGUGACAUUUAUUUUUUGGUUAUGGAC